UUAAAUCCAGAGGUUCACACACUCGCGACAUCUCAAGAAAGCGUAAAAGAUCAUCUAUUAUAUCGUUGUUUGCUAAGCUAACAGCCAAGUCAUUUCGCAAGGAGAUUACGAGUGAUUAACGAUGACAAUCGGCUGUCGUGAUUGAUAAACACUAAGAUAUUUUCCGCGUUGUUUUGUGUGUGUGAAAAUUAAGUGAAAUAUGGAACCUGAUAAAGGAGGGACCACAUUAGCGACAAGCUACCCCUCUGACGGUGAAGAAUUUGAUGCUGAAGAAAUAUUAUCAAUUUCCUCGGACGAAGAAGGACUAAAAGAUCAAAAAAGGUCGGACGAAUCUUGGACAGGUAUUGAAGACAGAUUGACGUUGCCAAAAGAUGAGAUAGAUGGUGAUUCAUCGCUGUACUCUGUCAGUGAUUUAGAAGAAGAUAACAAUUCUGACAUAAGCUUUGCUGAUGUACCAUCUUUGAUCACCAUGGAAGAAGAACACGAUAGGAACUCAAACGUCUCCAUUUCGCGGAUAGUUUCACAAACCAGCCUUGAACAUUCCAAGGGGAUUUUGUCAGUCUCGAAACAAACGCAUUCCAGUGAGAGUUUGAACGAAAAUGAGGAGACGAUUGAAGCUUGUCUUGUGGGAGAAAUUUUGAAUGAAGACAAGCCUGGAGAUACCGAAACACAAGACACAGAAGACGAUGAUAUCGUCCAGGAACCACAAAUACCAACUAUGGAGGCAACUUUGCAAGCAAGCUCUUCAAAAUCAAGCAUGGAAAACGAAGACAGUGCAUCUCCUGCAGAGUAUCCACUAUCAGAGGCAGUCAUUUGGAACAGUAAUGAUUCAGAUAAUGUAAAUGAGAAACACUACACCUCCACAGACAUUCAUCAAACUGCUGUAAACACGGAAUUCGUUGAGACAAAAACAUUUUCGGAUAGCAAUGAUUCUGUGCUAGAUAACUCGACAGACGGCGAGGGAUCCAGUCAUAAAGAAGUUUUUAUUGACUACACAACAAGUCUAAAACGUAAAGGUUCACAAAGCAGUAAAAGUUCAGAAACAUCGUCUGUCGAUCGUGACUCGAUGCAAGGUUCCUACGAUUCUGGUUUACCAACACGCGAUGCGAUAACAUUAUCAAAAUACCUGGUCAUAGCUGCGAUUGAUUUUGGCACGACAUAUAGCGGGUAUGCCUUCGCCUUUACCCGUGACCCUGAGAGCAUUCAUAUGAUGCGGCGAUGGGAAGGGGGGGACCCUGGAGUUAGCAACACGAAGACACCCACCACCCUGCUUCUGACACCUGAUAAACAUUUUCAUUCCUUCGGCUUUGGCGCUAGAGAUUUCUACCACGAUCUGGAGCCGGCUGAAGCGAAGAAAUACUUGUACUUCGAGAAAUUUAAAAUGAAAUUGUAUGAUAACGAGAGUCUAAGCGAGGAGACGGAAAUUAAAGCAGCCAAUGGUAAAUCCAUCAAAGCUAUCGAUGUCUUCAGCUUUUCACUGCGGUUUUUCAAAGACCACGUCCUGGAGGAAUUGUCGGAUCAAAUGUCCACAAAGCUUGUUUCUAAUGAUAUAUGUUGGGUGAUUACAGUCCCCGCAAUAUGGAAGGCUGGCGCUAAACAGUUCAUGAGAAAAGCAGCUUACAAUGCUGGUCUGACAGAAUACGACAAUCCAGAACGAGUGAUCAUCGCGCUGGAACCAGAAGCUGCAUCGAUAUUCUGCCGAAAGCUGCGUAUGAGAGACUGUGUUCUAGACGAGGUGAAACGAAAGUCUGUGGUGGGGGCGAUGAUGGACUGGGAGAUUGGAAGCGAGUUUGAAGGAAAGACAAAAUACGUGGUUGUUGAUUGUGGAGGAGGAACGGUUGAUCUGACAGUUCAUGAGCUCGAUAAUGAUUCUGGAGUGUUGAGAGAACUCCACAAAGGAACUGGAGGACCUUGUGGUGCUACUGGCGUUGAUGAUCAAUUUGAGACCCUACUCAAGAAAAUAUUCGGCAAAGAUUUCAUCGAGCAAUUCAAAUUAAAACGUCCGUCAGGCUGGGUUGAUCUUAUGAUUGCGUUUGAGGCGAAGAAACGAAACAGCAGUCCAAGUAAGAACAACUGGAUGAAUCUAGGAAUGCCUUUCUCUUUCAUCGAUUAUUAUAAAAAAAAUCACAAAACAUCGAGUAUUGAAUCAGCUGUGAAGAAAUAUAGCAAUCCUAACGUGAAGUGGUCGAGUCAAGGUAUGCUACGGUUAGCUCCUGAGAUCAUGUAUGAACUAUUCAAUCCAGUUCUACAAGACAUUGUAAGACAUGUUCGGGAUUUAUUGAACAGCCCGAACGUGAACGACGUGAAGUUUCUGUUUCUUGUUGGUGGUUUUGCGGAGUCGCCGCUUCUCCAACACGCAAUACGCGACGCAUUCUCCUCCCAGGUGCGAGUUAUCAUACCAAAUGAUGUCGGAUUAACCAUCCUGAAAGGUGCGGUCUUGUUUGGCCUCGAUCCAACUGUGAUUAGAGUCCGACGCUCUGUGUUGACGUAUGGGGUCGGCGUCCUUAACAAAUUCAUCCCGGGGAAACAUCCCCGGGAGAAAAUCGUGCGUAGAAACGGGAUAAUGUGGUGCACAGAUGUCUUUGAUAAGUUCGUGAUAGCGGAUCAGGCUAUCACCCUCGGAGAUAAGGUCACACGGAGUUAUGCCCCUGCUAAGAAAGGUCUGAACUACACAACGCUCAAUCUUUACUGCACGGAAGACAAGGAGGUGAUGUUUAUAACGGACGACAAUGUGCGCAAGUGCGGUCAACUGAGAAUUGAGUUGCCUGAGGUAGAAACCGUUGACCAGGAUAAACCACGUGAACUGCAGGCGACAAUGACAUUUUGGGAUACAGAAAUUAAGGUCAGCGGUAUGGACGUACGUACUGGAAAAGAAGCGCGCGCACGAAUUGAUUUUCUAACCAGCUAAUGUAAUGGAAUACUAACUAGGAUGAGCCUUUCACUGCCAUGGGCAAAAUGGGCUUAAUGUUCAAAUAUAUACUACAGCAAACAUUAUAUUUCCAUGUUCGCAUAAUAUAUACAUUACUACAGACAUAGUAUAGGGAAUGUAUGAAUUAAAUCUCUUUAUAAUUUUGUC